UCACAAAGGAAGUGAACUGGAAUAUGGAAGUACACUACUGUGUAGUACAGAGAUGUUUGUUUUUUGUGUUUUAUUAUGUUUGUUGCAGACCACUUUAGGAAAUGAUGAACAGGGCACAAUCCAAACGUUUGUCAUCCCGCACAGUCACAUGGACGUGGGCUGGGUGUACACAGUGCAGGAAAGCAUGCAGGCAUAUGCAGCGAAUGUGUACACCACUGUGACCGAGGAACUACUGAAGGGGAGACAGCGUAAAUUUAUUGCAGUGGAGCAGGAGUUCUUUAGAUUGUGGUGGGAUUCUGUUGCUACGGAUACACAGAAACUGCAGGUACGCUAUUUACUUAAAGAAGGACGUCUGGAGUUCAUUAUAGGUGGUCAGGUGAUGCAUGAUGAAGCAGUGACACAACUUGAUGACCAGAUUUUACAGCUUACCGAGGGCCAUGGUUUCCUGUAUGAGACUUUUGGAGUAAGACCUCAAUACUCUUGGCAUGUGGAUCCCUUUGGAGCCUCAGCUACCACACCAGUUGUAUUUGCACUUGCUGGAUUCAACGCUCAUCUCAUCUCCCGCAUUGACUACGACCUCAAAGAUGACAUGCAGCAGAAUAAGAAGCUGCAGUUUGUGUGGAGGGGUUCCCCAUCGUUAGGCCAACAGCAAGACAUCUUCACUCAUACAAUGGACCAAUUCAGCUACUGCACUCCAUCAUAUCUUCCCUUUUCUAACCGGUCAGGCUUCUACUGGAAUGGAGUGGCCCUCUUUCCCAGCCCCCCUGAGGAUGGCAUUUAUCCCAAUAUGAGUCUGCCUGUGUCCAAUGAAAGCCUUCAUUUAUACGCAAAGACCAUGGCAGACAAUAUCAAAGAGAGAGCAGCCUGGUUCAGAACCAACCAUGUUCUCUGGCCAUGGGGAUGUGACAAGCAGUUCUUUAAUUCCUCGGUUCAGUUUGAAAACAUGGACCCCCUCAUGGAUCACAUUAACAGGCACUCAGAUGAGUUGGGGGUCACGGUGCAGUACGCCACCCUGAGUGAAUACUUUCAGGCUGUUCACACAGCAAACCUCUCCUGGGAAGUGAGGGAAAACCAGGACUUCCUACCAUACUCCACCGAGCCUUUUCAGGCGUGGGCUGGAUUUUUUGCCUCUCGGAAUGUCCUGAAGGGCUUUGCAAGGAGAGCGAGUUCUCUUCUCUAUGCUGGAGAGUCCCUGUUCACACAGUAUGCAGUGAUGCACCCAAGCGGCCCCAUCCAAAAAGAGUGGGCUCUGAAGCACCUCCGGGACCUCCGAUGGGCAGUCUCAGAGGUCCAACAUCAUGAUGGUAUUACUGGAACCGAGUCGCCCAAAGUUGAAAUUAUGUACCUAGACCAUCUGACUCAAGGAAUGAUGGGUGUUAAGGAGUUAAUGGCUGCAUUAUUCAUUUUAUCAAGGCAAAACUCACCAUACCCUGGCAACCUGGAAGUCAAGAACAAGAGCACCUCUCAGGACCUUCAACAACAUAUCCUAGUGUAUAACCCACUGGCUUGGCAUAUCACUACGUUCAUCAAUGUUACAGUAGCAUUCCCAAUGGCCAAGGUGUAUGAUGACAGUGGAAACCGUAUUCCAGCCCAGAUACUAAAAUCAUCUGAGUCCACUUCCUCGUAUGAUUUAUACAUUCUUGUGACUUCAAGUGGACUCAGUUACAGAAGAUACAGGAUUAUGCUUGAAACAUCACCUUGCAGCAAAGAAUCAGAUUGUUUGCCGACUUAUAUUGGAAGAGUAGUGAAGUUUGACCGGCAAAUAGUAAACAAGUCAAAGAAGCUGGGUGUGAGACUGCUCCCUGUGAUGAAUGAGUGUUACACGUUGAGGCUGGACCAGGACACUAACUUACUGAACAGCAUAACAGACAGAGACACAGGACGGACUGUAAAAGCAACCCAGGAUUUCCUUGAAUACCAUGCUAAUGGAGAUGUGCAGCAGGGACCCAUUUCAGACAAUUACAUUUUCACCUCUAAUGGGUCAGCAGUCUCGGUGUCGGAAGCCAUUGGAUUGGAGAUUGUGAUUGGAAAGCUAGUAACCGAGAUAAGGCAAUACUUUUACAGAAAAGAGACUGACAAGGACUACAGCUAUGUCAUGUACACAAGACUCUACAGUGUGCCUGCAGAGUACGACGGGAAAAUGUUGUGUCACAGACUAGAACAGGAGUAUAAAGUGGGCCCACUGGAGCUGAACAGAGAAGCAGUCCUAAGGACCUACACGGAUUUAAACAAUGAAAAGACCAUCUUUACAGACAACAAUGGGUACCAGAUGCUUAAGAGACAAUACAAGGCUUACGUGAACAAUACUGUGGCUAGGAAUUAUUAUCCCCUGGUGCGGACUGCUUACAUUGAAGAUGACUCAACAAGAUUAGUGCUUAUCGGUGAAAGAUCUCAUGGCGUCUCUAGUCAAGACAAUGGACAAGUGGAGGUUAUGCUGCAUCGAAGGCUGUGGAACAACCAAGAGUGGAACCUGGGCUAUAACCUCACUCUAAACGACACCUCCGUUGUGCGUCCAGUCUUUUGGUUAAUGCUGGGGUCAAAGCCAGUAACGUCAGCUCUGUACCCAAGGAGUGGACUGGCUCUGGAGCACAGACCUGUGGUCAUGCUACUUGAUAUUCCAGAAAAGCCCUCUGUGAAGAGUUGGCCCGAGGGACACAGCAGGGUCCAGGCAGAGCCUAUCAGCCUCCCACCAAACCUUCACAUUCAGAGCCUGAGCAUUCCUGGCUGGAGGUACAGUUCCAACCAUAGUGAGCAGCUGAGAGACAUUCUGCAAGAAAAACAGAAACAAGCUGACCCAGAUUUUGAUCGAGUGCUCCUGAGAAUCAUGCAUUUAUAUGAGGCUGAAGAAGAUCCUGUUCUGUCUCUGCCUGCAACUAUCAAUCUGAAGGAUCUGCUUAGUGGUUUGGGCACAGUGGCCUCUGUGGAAGAGCGUUCCCUCACAGGAACCUGGGAUCUCAGUGAGAUGAACAGAUGGAAAUGGAGAACCGCACAGAAAGAAGACAAAGACUCAAAAAGCAAUUUCAGCCCAGUCACUGAAGACUUUUCAGUAACUAUUUACCCAAAGGAGAUAAGAACGUUUUUUGUUUAUUUCAAUCAACAGUGAAUUGCAUUCAAGUAAUUGUAGAUAACUAAAUAAUUCAACGUAGGUCUCAAAGAAACUUUUUUUUUUUAAAGAAACACGUUCUAGCAUGGAUGUAUUUUCAUUUCAAAAUAUGGUUCUACUUUAGGUUAAAGCAAGCUCUUAGUUUAUAUGCCGUAUUCUUUGGUUAUCUGUUAGCACUUGCUCUUCCUGGGUCGUUUCACCUCAGCAGCGUCUUGGGGUCAAAGCAUGUCCAUCAAUGGGUGAAGCAGCUGGGUGUACAAUGACAGCAAUGACGGCGUGGAAAGGGUGGGGUUAAUGGCGUUCACCAGGUGAAAUAAUUAAGGAAAUGCAAGACAGUAUGGCUUAUAAACAGAUUUCUUUAAAAUGAAAAUACAUGUUUGCUGUAGCUUUCUUUCAAAACUGCAAAUUUGAAACCUGUAUUAUGAACGGAUGUGCAUGACGGAGAACUUUUAUGGAGCUAUUUGGUUAGCUACAAUUACUUUAAGAUAUUGUAUAUGAAGAUAUAUGCUUUUUGGAGACUCAAAAUAACCAUUUUUUGUUUCCAUUCCAAUCCUUUCCUGCUGAAUCAUGUUUGUUCUUGUAAUGGAGGGUGAGUCACAUUUUUUGUAAAUAGCUUGCAUAUGACUUAUAAAGUGGUAACUGGCUACCUUUUAGACCAAAUUAAGUGUCAGGGUUAUCUUGUGAUAAAUUAUCAGGGAAGAAUUCCAGGAUUUACACAGCACUGCUUCAGACUGAACAGUAGUUGAAGGAAUAUCAAUCAAGUAUAUUUUAAUAAAAAAGGCAGUAUUGUUAAAUUAUGUGUAGGUGCAAAAACAGAAAGAAGAAAUGAUGCAUAACACUGUAGUGUCCAUCAAAACUUGCGUGAGAUUUCAUGGAAUGCCUACAUGUGUAACAUAUUUUCAUUGGGCUAUCUUGACAAUUCUAAAAGCAUUAGCCAAACUGGCCCUGAAAUGUAACAUUUUAUUACUCUGAUUAUGCACGGUUGUUAAAAUAAAUAAAUAAAUAAAUAACUACAUCACUGCAAAAAAUGUUGUUUGAUUGGAGGUUUUUGAUUUGUAAUAAUGUAA